AUGGCCUGUGUGGACGAGAAGGUGAAGGUGCUGGAGUCGUGCAUUGUGACGCCCAGCGAGGAGAUGCCUAGGCAUCGACUUUGGCUAUCCCCGCUCGAUCUCAUGAUGGUCAACAGAGGCCAUACCCCAAACGUCUACUUCUACCGCUACGCGUCUAGCUCCGGCGUCGUCGACGAUAUCUUCUUUGACGUGGCCAGGCUGAAGGCGGCGAUGGCCAAGGCCCUGGUGAACUUCUACCCCCUCGCCGGCCGUCUCGGGGUGGAUGGCGACGGUCGGGCCGAGAUCGACUGCGCCGGCCAGGGCGCGCAUUUCGUGGUUGCUCGCUCGGACCUCAACGUUGACGACUUCAGCGACUGCCAGCCGUCGCUGGAACUAAAGAGGCUCUUCGUUCCACGCAUCGUCGACGACUCACCGGGCGUCAUGCUCGCCGUCCAGCUGACCUUCUUCAAGUGCGGCGGGGUGGCCUUAGGCACGGCGCUGCACCAUGUCGCCAUCGACGCCGUGAGCGCGGUCCACUUCUUCGAGACGUGGUCGGCCUUCUCCAGGGCCGGGAGCCGCGAUAAGGACGUCGCAGAAGUGCUGGAGCUCCCGUGCCACGACCGCACCCUCCUACGUGCGCGCUCCCCGCCACGCGUCGUGCACCCCGACGCCGCUGCCAUGUUCUGGCCGCUUAAAGAUAACCCAAACAUAUCCGAGCCGAGCCCACCGCCGGGGCCCGUCGUCAACGAGAUUCUCGUCAUCUCAAAGGACCAGAUCGCCGCUCUCAAGCAUGCCAGCAGCGGCGCGAGCACGUUCUGCGCCGUGAGCGCCCAUGUGUGGCGGUGCAUGUGCGUCGCCCGCCGGCUGGCUCCCGAAGCCACGACACGCCUCACCUUCCCGGCCAACUUCCGGCGCAGCCUGAGGCCGCCGCUCCCAGCGAGGUACUUCGGCAACGGGAUCAUCAUGGUGGGAGCCGCCGGCAAGGUGCGGGACAUCGCGUCGGAGGAUCAGCUCGCGCUGGCCUCCGUCGCUGAACGGGUCAAGGAAGCCGUCCGCGGGCUGGAGGACGAGCUGGUGCGUUCCACGAUCGACUACCUGGAGAUGAAUGAGGCUCCACCUGCGAGCAGCAUGCCGGAGACCGAGGUGAGGAUCGUGAGCUGGCUAGGCAUGCCGGUGUACGACGUGGAUUUCGGGUGGGGGAAGCCGUUGACGAUGAUGCGCGCCGUGCAGCAGCGCGCCGGUCUCAUUUACCUCAUCGACGGCGGGCAGGGAGACGGCGGCGUUCGCGUCCUCUUGUCCAUCGAGGCAGAAGCUCUCGAGGACUUCCAGCGCCUGCUAUACAAAAAUUUAUAGGAUAAGGGGAACAACCUUCAUGCUGUUUCAAUAGUGGAACUUCGAUUUCUUUCUGUCGCGAGUUUGUUUCCUUUCACAUAGAGGUUCAGAAUCCAAAAUUGUCCCUUUCGCGAC